GCUGCUUCCGAUAUCGGUCGGUAGUAGAUUGAUGAGACUCUUGACGUAAAGGUGUUUUGCUGAGCCACAGCUUGCUUUUUAAUGCGUUUGUUUUUGCAUUUCUGCUAAAUCUAUGCUCUGCAUGUGAUGGAGUUUUGCUCAAGUUUGGGUUGCAUUUUAGGUCAUUGCUAAUUAUAUGUACUUUAGUCGUAGAUUGUUAAAGAGGUUCUAAUUGAUCAGCUGCUGCUUAAUUUGUUUGUAAUUGUUUGGCUAAAAGAAAGAGAUGCAAAAUGUUAGCUUCUGUUUGUAUGUUGAUUAUUUUGUUUGCAUCUUCUGCAGAUAGGUAUUAUUUGGUUAGGAUAAUUGAUGAGACGUAUCAUGAUCCUGGGUUACCCAUUCAAAUAUUUUUUGAGAGUAUGGAAAGAAAUCCCCGUGUUUUGUCUCCUGGAGACAUAAUUCAGUUUCGGAGUGUUACGAUGAAACUUAUUGGAGAUGAAGUGUGUGCGGUAUAUAAUAAGAAGUUCUCUAGCUUUGCCCUGUAUGACAGAAAAGAUGGUAGUGUUCCUUAUCAGGUUUCUCAAAGAUUCCGCAAAGGGGACCUAGACAAGACAUGUAUCACAGAAUUGAGAAGAUGGUCUCGGGAUUUCCCGAUUGAUGAAGUCCCAAAUGAUUUCUCAAUCGCGAGAGAUGUAACUGAGGAAGAGCAUUUUAAUUUGUUCUGUAAAGCACUAUAUAUCUAUGAAGGAGCUGAAAGUCAGUGGACGGCCUUUGUGUGGGAUGGAAGUGAUGCUCCUCCUGCCAAAAUUCACAAGAAGCUCUCAGAGGAGAUGCAUCAGCCAUUAGCUCUAUGUUUGGAAUCUUUUCCCUUAGUAAGAGAUAUUGUAUGUAGCUUUCCGACUGUAGGAACUGUCUUAAGGGUGAUAGCUCAAGAUAUUGAGCUAGACUUCCUCCCUUCGCUCAAAACUGGGGCUUGGGUAAAACUGACAAAUUUGAUGUGUGAAUUGCAUGAUUGAUUAUGGCGUAUUGUGAUGACUCAAUACUCUAGGAUUCGAUUUGCAUCAAACAGGGAUCAGUACAAACUUGAGCCACAAAGGCUAUAUGAUGAGCGAUUGUUACGUUAUCCAAUAAAUUUGAGACGAAUGCCGCAAUGGAGCUUACCUUGGCCUUCUGAAAUUACAGAGGUUGAUCUUGAUAAUGAUAGUGAAUAUCAUACCCUAAUUGAUGUUGUCACGGAUUCAGAGGUGAUGAAUGGUUGUAAGUGCGUUGUUCGUGUUGUAUCGGUUUUGCCAUGCCAGGCAAUGGACUAUCACUACCCUGCUGGAAAUAGUAGAAUUAGAUUAACGAUAGAGGACCCAACAACCAGAAUUUAUGCAUUCUUGUAUCUUGAAGAUGGGUUGAAGUUUUUCCGUGGAUCCUCAUCUGAUGAUAUACUUUGUAGAAAGCGAAAUGCACUCUUAGGAGCUUCUGCAUAUAUUAAUGGAGAGGAAGGAGAGGAUACUCCUCGAAACCCACCUUGGGUGCAAGUCUGUUUGGGGGCGGAAUGUAACAUUGAAGGUGAUUUAGAAAGUAGAGAGUACAUGGUGUUUGGCACGAAGAUUAGAGCCUAGAGUACGUGCUUGUAUGAUUAGAAGAUAAUAUUUGUAUAGAGAAGUCUUGUAAGUUGCAACAGAUUUACAUCUGAUAUGUAAUAUUCUAAAAUGACCCGUCGUUGCCUGUGUCUUUUUUUUUCUCUAUUCAAUAUUUGAA